CUCUGUCAGCUGCAGCUGUUCCCGCGAGUAAUUGCAAUAGCUAUGUGGUAUCACUAUAAUGUUGUGGUAUGACAAUAGCCCGUCGGGCAACCAUUAUUUAAGUCCAAAUUAUAUAACGUCCAAUGUCGGAAUGUCCAUUAGUCAUUAUUACAUUAUCUUUAGACUUUAAUCGUCAUUUAACAUUUUAACUGGACAACUCACGCCAAACCUGCAAUAUUAUUAUACAAGAAAUCAAUAUCGAUUGGAAUGUAACGAAAUAAAAUACAAUAAAUUGAAAACAAAAUAAACUAACGGAAACCCAAAAAUCAAAAUAAUAUGGAACUAACUACUAAUUUAGAAGCAUUAAGCUCAGCAAAUCAUGAGUUUUCGUUUUCUUUGUACAAGGAAAUAGCCAAAAAUGAAACAGAAAAUAUUUUCUAUUCACCAUUCAGUAUCCAUGUGAUUAUGUUUAUGGCUAGCACUGGAGCAGAUUCAAAAACAUUUGAUGAAAUAGUAGCCACUAUGCAUCUAAACAAAACUACUCAUUCAAUGGAAGCGUAUAGAAAAUUAUUGGAAGACUUAACAAGUAAAGAUGAAAAUCUGAAACUAGCAACCGGAAUGUUUGUCGAUAUAGCUUUCAAUGUUAAAGAUAGUUUUGUAGAAAACUCUAUGAAUUACUUAAAAUCUUCCAUGGAAAAAUUGAGUUUAAAAAAAAACCCAGAACAACAACGCCAAUAUUUAAAUAAUUGGGUUUUAAACAAAACCAAUAACAAAAUUAAAGAUAUAUUUCCCAAAGGCUCCAUUAAUGUAGAUACUGCCUUAGUAUUGGUGAAUGCUUUGCAUUUCAAAAGUGAUUGGGCACAUAAAUUUGAAUAUGUUAAAGAUGGCUCUUUUUAUGCGACUCCAAGCAACAUAAUAACAGUGAAAAUGAUGUACCUAAAAAAUGAUUUGCAAUACUAUCAUGAUAGUAUCCUAAAAUUCACUGCACUUGAAUUACCCUAUAAAAAUAAUGAUUUUAAAAUGAUAAUUUUAUUGCCUGAUGCUAAAGAUGGUUUGGAAAUUCUGGAAAAUAACUUAUCAAUAAUUAAUUUGCAUGCAAUUUCAAAUAAAAUGACCGAGAAAUACGUUAAUGUCAAACUACCUCGUUUCAAAUUAGAACAGUCUGUGCAAUUAAAAAAAACAUUAUCCAAUCUGGGAUGUCCAACAAUGUUUACAUCAGAAGCAAACUUUUCUAACAUUGUUGAAGAUGGUGAACUGUAUGUGAGUAAAGUCUCCCAUAAGGCAUAUAUUGAUGUAGAUGAAAACGGAACUGAAGCAGCAGCAGUUACUGGUUUUGAAUGUUGUGAUGGCUGUGGUGGUUGUGCAAGAAGUUCUACAGAUUUUGUUGUUGAUCAUCCAUUUAUGUUUUUUAUUUUAACUAGAUGUAAUAUUAUUAUAUUUGUAGGCCGUAUGACCAAAAUUGAUGUCACGAUCAUCUCGUUGAAUUCGGCAGCUUUUCGUUUUCAAACACGUAGAAAUCGAAAAAUACUUACGACUAUACGUUAUAAUAAGCAACGAUCGAAUAAAAUGGAACUUUUUACAAAUUUAGAAGCAUUACGCUUGGCAAAUCAUGAUUUUUCAUUUUCUUUGUACAAAGAAGUGGCCAAAACGGAAACAGGAAAUAUUUUCUAUUCUCCACUCAGUAUUCACGUUAUUAUGUUUAUCGCUAGUGUUGGAGCAGUGUCAAAAACAUUUGAUGAAAUGGUAGCCACCAUACAUUUAAAUGAAACUACUUAUUCACUGGAAGCGUAUAGAAAAUUAUUGGAAGACUUAACAAGUGAAAAUGAUAAUCUGAAACUCGCAACCGGAGCGUUUGUCGAUACAGCAUACAAUCUUAAAGAUAGUUUUGUGGAAAACACUAGAAAAUAUUUAAAAUCUUCUUCGAAAAAAUUAAAUUUUAAGAAUGACCCAGAACGACAGCGCCAAUAUUUAAAUAAUUGGGUUUUAAACGAAACCAAUAACAAAAUCAAAGAUGUAUUCCCCAAAGACUCUAUUGAUAAUGAUACUGCCUUAGUAUUGGCAAAUGCUGUACAUUUUAAAAGUGAAUGGGCACAUCAAUUUACAAGUGCAGGUACAGACGGCGCUUUUUAUGUGACUCCGAGCAACAAAGUAGCAGUAAAAAUGAUGACUCGUGAACAUGGGUUUCAAUACUAUCAUGAUAGUCUUCUACAAUUCACCGCACUUGAAUUACCCUAUGAAAACAAUUCUUUUAAAAUGAUAAUUUUAUUGCCCGAUGAUAAAGAUGGGUUGAAUAAACUGGAGAAUAACUUUUCAAAAAUUAAUUUGCAUGAAAUUUCACAAAAUAUGACCCAGCAUUAUAUCAGAGUCAAAUUACCUCGUUUUAAACUAGAACAGUCACUGCAAUUAAAAGAAACAUUAUCCAAUCUGGGAUGUCCAACCAUGUUUACACGAAAAGCAAACUUUUCUUACAUUGUUGAAGAUGGUAAUCUUUAUGCGAGUGAAGUUGUGCACAAGGCAUAUAUUGAUGUAAAUGAAUACGGAACUGAGGCUGCAGCAGUCACAAGUCGAAUGAACACAAUUAUUGAUUAA